AUGUCCGAAAAUGGCCCCUCCAGCGGCUCUGCAGCGCCUGCUGCAGCCCCCGCACGUGACCCUACCAAAAAAAAAAAACGGAGGUCCGCUUUCGGCAGCAGCAGGCGCGCUGCACGAAAUCUGAGGAAAAGUGGAGAUAAGUUUGAAGAUAGGACGGGGAAGUCUGUAGCCGAGGCGUCAGCAGCAAAUAACACGCGGCGCGCUAUCGAACGUGGCAGCCUCAACGUCGUGGAGAGAGUGCUGGAGGAAACGAAGGAGGAGUUGGUCAAGAGUAAGAAAAUUGCGGUAGAGAGCCAGGCUAGCUGCAACAUGGCGAUGGAGUUUGCGCGCGAGAAAGACGAUGAGCUCAAGCGCGAGCGGGCACGGAGACAGCAGGCGGAGCAAGAGAAACAUGAGGCUACGCGAGAGCAGGAGGCGGCGGCCGCGAGUCGGCGGCAGGCGGAAGAGAGAGUCCGCGACAUGUCGAAGGAGCUGGCCGGUCUGAAAGACUCGGUGAAAUCGCUCCGCAAGACCAACGCCACCCUCUUGGAGGAUGCAGGGAUACCAAUCGUCGCCGACGAUCCGCCCCCGGAGGAGGACAGCACCCGCAGCCUCGAGGAUGAACUCUUGCUCGAGAAGGUGAAGGCCGAAAGACUGCAGCGGAAGGUCGAUUACCUCACGCCGAUCGUGGCCGGACUCAAGCGACAAGUUUCCAACGAGAAAAAAAAGACGAAGCGAGCCAAGCUUAAUCUUGGGAACCUCAAGGCUGACGAACCGGUGGGGGGGGCGGAGCAAGAGGAACCUGAGCAGGAGAGGGAAAAGGGUGGUGGGGAGUUGCUCUCUGCAGAGGAUGAGAAGAAGGUGUUGGAGCGCGUCAUCAAGAACCGUCUCAAACCCGGCGGAAAAUUUGGUGAGACUGCUGCCAGGCUAUUUCAGUCGUUUGUGCAAGGGGGCGUCUCUCUCAACAUGACGCAGCAGCUGCUUCAGUCUACCAUGUACCACACCACGGGGGUGCGACUCAAACAAGAUCUCAACAUCACGUGUGCCCGCAACACGGUCAAGGUUCUUGCUCUCGGCAUUACGCAGCUAGAUGGGAAUGAGUUGGUCAAAGCGAUUCUCAAGGCGCCGUUUUUGCUGAUUGCCGGUGACGAGUCUCUCCGCAACGGGGACAAGAAGUUCCCCAUCUUCGUCGCUUUUUACGACGUGGAGGCGGACGCGCCGUGGUUUGGAUUGGUGCGCGUAUGUAGCAUGAAAGACAAGACAGCAGAAACACAGGCUCAGCUUUUUUACGAGACGAUCGUCGACACGCUCGGGUACCCAAAACACCAGAGGGAGCGGACAAAAGGCAACGCAAACGGGGUGCAGGGGGGGGGAAAGGGAAAGGGAAAGGGAAAGGGAAAACAGAGGCACCGCCGACUCCUCCUGCACCUACCAGGACGAGUGGUCGCAACAGGACGCAGACAUGGAAAAUCCAGGAGGCAGAUGGGGGGGGCAGCUCGGCGGAAGAGAGCGGGUGUGAGAGCUGAAGCGUUUCACUGGUGUUGA